GCGGGCCCGUUAGAUUUGGCGGUCGGGGUUCAACAUGGCCGCCGCGCGCCGCGUCCACGCAGACGGCGGCUGCGAGGAAAAGGGGCCUGAAGGGUCGUGUCCAGCCGUGCCCCCCGGCGCCACCAUCCCGAGGGUGAAGCUCCUCGACACCUUGGUGGAAACUUUCCUCCAGAAGCUGGUCGCUGCCGGGAGCUACCAGAGAUUCAGUGACUGUUACAAGCGUCUCUGCCAGCUGCAGCCUGACGUGACCCAGCGGAUCCACGACAAGUUUGUCACCCAGCUGCAGGCGUCUGUCCGGGAGGAGAUCUCGGAGAUCAAGGCGGAGGGGAACCUGGAGGCGGUCUUGGACGCCUUGGACAGGAUCGUGGAAGAAGGCAAAGACCGCACGGAACCGGCCUGGCGCCCCAGCGGGAUCCCCGAGGCAGACGUGCGCAGCGCCGCUGUGCCCUACUUCCUGCAGCAGCGGGACGCGCUGCAGCGCCGGGUGCGCAGGCAGGAGGCAGAGAACCGGCAGCUGGCAGAGGCUGUGCUGGCCGGGCGGCGGCAGCUGGAGCAGCUGGAGCAGCGGGCCCGGGCCCGGCAGAAGGCCUGGCAGGCCCUGCACAGAGAACAGGAGGAGCUGCUGGGCGUGCUGGGGGAGCCCGAGUGAGGCGGCGGCCGCCGGACCAGGAACAGAGGGCGGUCGAGGUCAAGGGCCUGGGCCAGCUGCCCCUGAGAAC